AUGGGAGUCGGCGGAGCGGCGUGCGCGGAGGAGCACGACUUGGCGCCGCCGACCGCGCUUUUCACGCCGUCCCCGUCGCCGCCCCCGCAAAAGUGCGCGCGCGUGUCGACGUCUCCGGGAAUGAGACUGACGCUACACCCCGCGCAAUGCCCCCCCGGAUUAAAACUUAAAAGCGCGUGUCACGGCUGCGGAGAGUGCGGGCGUGGCGGCGGGGAUUCAAAAUCGAAAGCGCUGCUCUGGGGUGUGUCCAGUUUAUCGCAGUUGCAGCUGAUUUUGGUCUUCUCUGCGUUGCUGCUCACGGCCUCGUUCCUCCUGUCCACCCGCGCAAUCGAUCUUUCCGCCGUCGAUAUCAUCGCCGCAGCCGCCGCCGCAGGUUCCGGCGGAGACGACGCAGGCGGAAACGGCGAGUACGCCAGCGGCCGAAGCGACCCCGCCAAAUUACUGUUUGUCGAGGGCGUGGGGCUGGGUGGGGGGAGCUGGUUACUCGGGGGAACAGGGGGCGGCGGCGAAAUUGGCGGCUGGGGGAAACGUGGCGGGGGGCGUGGCCCCUGGGGGAGGGUGAGCGCGGGGGGAGGCGGCGCGGUUGGGAAAGUGACUCGGGCGCUGGUGAGAGGGCGCGACGCGGAAAUGGCGGCGAUGAUGGCGGCGCUGGAUUUGUCAGCGUCGGAGGAUUUGCUCGUAGGAGGCGACAUGGAUGAGAAGGAGCUGCGUCAGCGAAUCCAGCUGGUGGAGGACGAGUGGGAGUACUUCCAAGAGGCCCCGUAUCGCCUCAUCGACGAGUUUUGGAGGGACGUGUUUGACGCGGCGUACGACGAGCUGGUGGCGCGCGAUCCAACGGUCCACGAUAAGGCUGUGGAGGAAAUCGCACGGCUCUCGGGCAAGUUCUACGACGUUCGAACCAUUGGAAAUAAAGUGAUAUUGGUUCCGAAGGGUGCGGCCGGCAACGAAGCUGUACCUGAUAAUUCUGAUGCUCAGGAGGGCACUGGCGAAGCAGACGCGGGCGAAGGGGGCGAAACGGGAGCAGAUGCGCAAGGAGAGGCGGAGGCGGAAGGAGGAGGAGCGGGCAGUGGGGAGAAAGCAAAGCGGGCCAAGCGAAUCGAGCAGCAGCAGAAGCAGGAGCAGCGGGAGCAGGAGCCGGGGCAACAGCAGUCGAUGACACAGCAGCAGGACACUGGAAAGGAGCAACGAGAGGGGAAGCAAGUGGAAGGACAAGAGGGCCAUGAGGAGCAGAACGACGGAACAGCAGAGCGCCAUCCAGGAGUGGAUCAAACGGUCAGGCUGGAACAGAAGGCAGCAGAGAGGUUGAUUGCAGUACCAUCUUUGGGAGGUGAGGUGACAGAAGCAACUGUUGAAGCAGCUGCUGCUGGUGGUAGUGAUGGAAGGGUGGAAUUGCAAGGGGUUGGGGAAGGGGAGAGGCCAGGGGAGGUUGGGGAGAUGGGGUCGAAUCAGGGUCGGGAGGGGCCAGUGGGAGGGACUGUGUCGUUGAGGAGAGAAAGGAAGGGCAAAAGGAGCAAGGCGAUUAAGCAGAAAAGGCAGAAGGAGAAGCGAGUGAAAGUCAAGGUUAAGAAGGUGAAGAAGCAGAGGAAGCAGAAGACGAGCGAACAGAGCGGUGAAUCAGCCUAG